AAACAGUCACAUAAAUGCACAGGCUGCCAGCACCAUGACCUCCUUUUUUUACUUUCUUCUGUGAGUAUUGUGCCAAGUUCUCCACCUUUGCAAAUAAGAUAAGAGCACAACUGCAAGAACUCUCCCAGCACUACGGACAACAAAAUGGAAGAGACAUUGGAGAAAGAGAUCCCGCCAUCUGAAGUAAGAGAUUCUGAUGAAGGUGGAAUUCGACUGCGAUUGAGAGACAGAGACCUGUUGAAGGAAACGAAAGGCUGAGGCAGAGGAAAAGGCAACCAACCAGUGGGUUUAUGGGUAAAGAUAGUGUUGAAUGAGGCCAAUAGAUGCACUAGAAAAGGCCUAGAACACUUAUUUAUUUUCAAGCCAUAUCACAUUGUGGUAUUGAUGCACAAAUGUGGAGUAGUCAUUCAGAUAAUGUCUCCUGAUAUUAAACACAGGGCUCAAAGUGUUAAAAGAGCUAAAAAGAAGACCAGCGGUACCCCAGGAAGGAAAGGUCGACCAAGAAAAGAACCGCCCGUAGUUAUUCCAGAAGAUCUCGAUCUGACUCAGGAAACAGAUCCUUCCCCUGUCACACUUCCUAUCACAGUACCUGUAUUACCCACGAUAGCAGAGACAGUGCCUUUAGUGCCAGUUGAGCCACAACCAGAGCUGGUGCCUGUGGAAACAAUUAGUGAAAAACCUCUGGAGGGGUUUCUGAUUGAGGAUCUGGGGCCUGAUGAGGAGGAAGACAUGCCUCAAAAAACCCUUGUCAUUGACACAGGCGAUGACGAGCAGCCAUGUGCUGAUGAACCUGUACCUGAACAGACUCAAGCCUCAAUGCCAGUGUAUCCUCCAGCAUCUGCUCCUUCUCAACCAGAAAGUCUACCUGAGAGUUUAAUUAUCUGAGUGUCUCUUUUUCUACAGAAAAAAAUGCAUUUUAGCUAAUUUACUAUUUCUAAACCUAAAACAAGAACAAAUGUAUAUUUAUUAAAUUCUUCAGGUCACCAUGUAUAUAUGCUACUUAUCAGUACUCUGUUAAAAAAAAAAAAAAAUCUAGACAUAUUGUUAAUAAAAUAAAAACCUGAAAUUGUUACAGUAUAGUACUUUUGUGUUCUUUAGUGAUUGUAAAGUACCUAGAACUUUUCCUUAAGCCUCUGACAAAUUAUUUUUUUUUAGUUUGUUUGUACAACUGACUAUUUUAAAAAUAAAUGGGUUUUGUACUUUG